UUUACCGAAAUACACUAGACUAGCUGGCCCGAGACGUUACUUAGCCCUGGCUGUGGAUAGAAUAAUAUUUACACUCACUGAAUAAUUUGAGAUGCGUAGACGUUUACAUCUACAGUUAGUUAGGUAGUCGCUAGCACGCGGACUUGGUGAACGAACAGAUUCCUAGUUGUGUGUGCACACAACGUUACCGUGCUGGUUAAGUGAAAUGGCUUUACAGGACUCACUCAUUUUUGGUUGAGUUUUGAGUACAUUAAUGACGUUACGUAAAAUCCGCUGAAAAGAGAAAAAAAUGCUGCAAUUAUGGAAUAUUCCUGCAGAAUUGCAGAUGGUCUAACAUUAGGUCAGAGGGGUGCCAAUGAAACGGAAUGUGGCGAGUUUCAGUAGUAUGUGACUCCCAGCGCUCCCACCUUUCCUCCUUCACCAUGAAGCUAAUGGACAAGUUCCACUCCCCCAAAAUCAAGCGGACGCCCUCCAAGAAAGGGAAGCAGCUGCAGCCAGAGCCGGCGGUCAAAACCACAGAGAAACCUGUCAAUAAGAAGGUGAGCCGGCUGGAGGAACAUGAGAAGGAAGUUGUCAGCGCCUUACGUUACUUCAAAACCAUCGUGGACAAAAUGGUGGUGGACAAAAAGGUUCUGGAGAUGCUGCCAGGCUCCGCCAGCAAGGUGCUGGAGGCCAUCCUGCCACUGGUACAGGUGGAGCCACGGAUACAGCACAGCUCUGCAGUGUCCUCCUGCCACAACCGUGUGUAUCAGAGCCUGGCCAACCUCAUCCGCUGGUCUGACCAGGUGAUGCUGGAGGGCGUCAACCUGGAGGACAAGGAGACCAUCUCAAUGGUCACAACGGUCAUAAAAGCAGUGCUGGACGGCGUAAAGGAGCUGGUGAAGCUCACCAUAGAGAAACAGGACCAUCCCUCGCCCACGUCCCCUGCGAAGCCUGUGCCUCCAGUGGCCAAGCCGGAGAGCACUGCAGACCUGCCGCUCAGCGAGAGGGAGAAGGAGAUCCUCAGCAAGACCACGCCCAAGGCCCAGUCCGCGGAGGCCCACCCGGACGCGGCGGACGAGGACGUGGCCCCGCCCAAGCCCCCGCUGCCCGGGGUGAAGAUACCAGAGUUCAGCCCGCCCGCCCUGCCCCCGAAAAAGCGCCAGUCGGCCCCUUCCCCGACCCGGGUGGCGGUGGUCGCCCCGAUGAGCCGGACCACCAGCGGAAUGAGUCUCCCCAUCGGCAUUAACAAGCAGGACUGCGAGACGGAGUUCCCGCAGCGGCGCUUCUCUGGUGGGAGCCACUCGUACGGAGGGGAGUCCCCCCGCCUGUCCCCCUGCAACAGCAUGGGCAAGCUGAGCAAGUCUGACGAGCAGCUCUCCUCUCUGGAGCAGGACAGCGGGCAGUGCUCCCGCAACACCAGCUGCGAGACCCUGGACAACACAGAGAGCUACGAUCCCGACUACGACUUCCUGCACCAGGACCUGUCCAGCAUGGAGCACAUGCCCCCCGUGCAGGGGGGGUGCCUGAGCCCCCUGCCGGAGUCCCACAGCGAGUCGUCGUCCCCCUGCCCCGGGCAGCAGGUCCCGCACCCCCGCUUCAGCGCGCCCUGCCCCCAGCAGCCCCCCGAGUACUGGACGGCGGCGGGCCUCGCGCUGCCCUCGAAGCCGUCGCGCAUCAGCGCGCCCCCGGCGCUGCCGCAGAAGAAGCGCCGCAGCACGGCCUCGCAGCCCGCCCUCUUCCCCGUCUUCUACGAGCGCCUGCCCUCCCACUACGACAACAUCAGCGAGGAGGACCUGCAGGCCGAGCCCCCCUUCCCCCUCUUCACCCCCCUGCCCCAGAGCAACGGCGGGGCCUUCGCCGCCGAGUUCCUCGCCAGCGACAGCGCCGACUUACCAGAGAGCCCCCCGCCCCUCCCGGAGAAGAAGAGCCGCCACAUCCUGCAGUACAUGCAGUUUGUGGAGGACUACUCGGAGCCCCAGCCCUCGGUCUUCUACCAGACGCCUCAGAGCGAGAGCAUCUACGAGCAGCGCAACAAGCGCUUCCAGGAAGUGUACGGCUUCAACGACUCUUUCAGCAGCACCGACUCUGUGCACGAGCCGCUGCCGCCCCCCGCCCUGCCGCCCAAGCAGAGACAGCUGGCCUCGCACUCUGCUUCCCCCUCCUCCUCCUCGUCCUCCUCCCUCUCCUGCCACCUCCAGCACUCUGCGGUGGGGGCUGAGGAGGCCAGCGCCGCGCUCAGCCUCAGCCUGUCCGUCUCUAAUUCCUUCCUCAGCGGCCACGCCUCCUUGGCCACGCCCACGAGCUCGGACCUAGUGGUGCCAGCCAACGCAAGCCAAUUAGCAGAUCCUGGGGGCGUGGCCAACGGUUCCCUGGAAAGCUCUGGUGGCUCUUUUGCUGUCUGCCUUCCUUCUGAAUCUUCUCUCACUGACUCUCUUCAACCCUCUGUGAGCGAGAGCGCUAACGAGGAGGGCGGGGAGGGGGAAUACGUCAAUCUCUAUUCCUCCAGCCAGGCCAACGGGGAGCUGCUGCGCUCCCACGGAGACCUCACGACUGCCAACGACGACGUCAUCCAGGACCCAGGCCCUCAGAAUGCCUCGUCCAAUAGCAAAGAGACGUCAGACGUGGAAACCAGGAGGCAGAAGUCUACCGAUUCGGGCCAGAGUGACGAGGAGGUGGACGAGCUCUCCCUCAUCGACCACAAGGAGAUCAUGUCCCGCCUAACACUAAAGCAGGAGAAUGACGAUGGUCCAGAUGUCCGAGCUGGUUCAGGAGAUAUUUUAUUAGUCCACGCCACAGAGACAGACCGCAAAGAUCUUGUCUUAUACUGCGAGGCCUUCCUGACAACCUACAGGACGUUUAUAACCCCUGAAGAUCUCAUAAAAAAGCUUCACUAUAGAUACACCAGGUUUUGCCACAGUCCAGACGUGUUCAAGAAGCGAGUCAGUAAAAACACCUUCUUUGUGCUGGUGCGCGUGGUGGACGAGCUGUGCUUGGUGGAGCUGACGGAUGACAUCCUGAAGCAGCUGAUGGACCUGGUGUUCCGGCUGGUGUGUAACGGCGAGCUGAGCCUGGCCCGGGUGCUGCGCAAGAACAUCCUGGACAAGGUGGAGCAGAAGAAGCUGCUGCGCUACACCAACUCCCUCAAACCUCUGGCCGCUCGCGGGGUGGCUGCCAGGCCCGGCACGCUGCACGACUUCCGCAGCCAUGAGGUCGCUGAUCAGCUCACGCUCCUGGAUGCAGAACUUUUCUACAAAAUUGAGAUCCCUGAGGUCUUGCUCUGGGCAAAGGAGCAGAAUGAGGAGAAGAGCCCAAAUCUGACGCAGUUCACAGAGCACUUUAACAACAUGUCCUACUGGGUGCGCUCAAUAAUAAUCCAGCAGGAGAAAGCCCAGGAUCGGGAGAAGCUGCUCCUCAAAUUCAUUAAGAUUAUGAAGCACUUAAGAAAGCUGAAUAAUUUUAACUCCUACUUGGCAAUAUUGUCCGCGUUGGAUUCUGCCCCAAUUCGAAGACUGGAAUGGCAAAAACAAACCUCAGAGGGAUUGGAGGAGUACUGUACAUUGAUUGACAGUUCCUCCUCUUUCCGGGCAUACCGGGCAGCACUGGCAGAUGUUGAGCCUCCAUGUAUACCUUAUCUAGGUCUCAUCCUGCAGGACUUGACAUUUGUCCAUCUUGGAAAUCCUGACCUCAUCGAUGGAAAGGUCAACUUCUCCAAACGGUGGCAGCAGUUCAACAUCCUGGACAGCAUGAGGCGCUUCCAGCAAGUGCAUUACGAGCUGAAACGCAACGACGACAUCGUCUCCUUCUUCAACGACUUCAGUGACCACCUCGCAGAGGAAGCACUGUGGGAACUGUCCCUGAAAAUCAAACCGCGGAACAUCACACGGCGCAAAACAGAGCGGGAGGAGAAGACCUAAGAGCAGAGCUUCUGCCAUCCUCAAAGACAAGGACUGGACUUUCAUUUCAAGAGACAGACACAAUCAAAGGAAUCUAAAAACUGUGACGGCAGCUAAGAGACUGAGGAACCUUUGUCUGUUACAGUUUACAGGAACUCUUAUUUUAUUAUUAUUUUUUUAAACCUUAUUCGUUUGGGAUCGCUCCAGGUCCCGGCCUGGGUUCGGAUCACGGACAGGAGGUGGAGGAGGAGGAGGAGGAGGAGGUGCGGUGCAGAGCACAAAAAAAAGCUUUCAGAAGAGACCCUCGCAGAUUUGUGUUGCCAUCCCAUCCUGUCCAUUUCAGUGUGCGUCUGGUCUGUGCAUUUCAAGGAGUACUUGGACUUUGUGGACUUGCUCAUGACACAAGGUGCUUUCUUUCCCAUGAUGAACCUUAACCCUCUGUAUGUGCCAUCCUGGGAGAAUCCCUGCCCCCACCCCCCCCCUCCACUCAUUUCAGUGUUCAGAAACAGACUGAGCUGCCGCAGACUGUGACGUCAUGACGCCGGUCAGAGGACGACUUCCAUUGGUGGCACUGCCACAGAGUGAAACGAACAGAAGUGUGGAAUUGAGUGAAAUGAGUGGGGAGUGGGGACAAUAUCCUAGAAUAAUCAUGUGAGAUGAUUUUUGGAAGAAAAAAAAAGGUUUUGUUUUGGAGCAUUUUAUGUAUCGAUUAUGUACGGUUAAUGUAUAGUACAGUUUUUCCUUUUGUUCUUUAAAAGGGUGUUAACAGAAGAUCUUAUCUUGUCUUAAGUGUGAUACAAAGGCGCACUUAAAAAGCAAAGCAAAAAAGAUAGAAAUUAAAAAAAAUUAAUAAAUGCUGUGAUCAAUGUCAAACCUGACUUCACUUCAAGAGUCUGGUUUGGGAGAGCUGUUGACAGUAGUGUAUGGUAAGGUAGUUGGAAGCAUGUUCCAGGCCUGUACACCUUGGCCCUGAGUGAGAGGGGAGUGACUGUAUUUUUCUUCUCUUACUCUGCCAUGCCUCAUGAACGUGGGGCCAGGCAUUCACAGGGCUCAAAGAUUCCAAAACAGAGAGCCAUUUUGAGUAGCAUACAGUAACUUGCAUCCAUUUCCUGUUACUCCUCUGGAAUUGAGCUCUACCAGUACACACAUCACCCUGUGCAAUCCAAUAAAAUGCUCUGCAAUAUUUCUACA